CUAAAACAGUUUACUUUUAAUGAUUUUAGUUAUAAUAAACAAUAGAAAGUGUAGUAGUUGUGUAUUUAGUGCGACGUGAGCUUAUUAGACUAAAGAACUGACAGUUCUAAACAUUUUUAAUUAUUAUGAAACAAAUUAACUUUGUGGGAUUAUUGUGAAGAAUUAAGUGAAUAUUUUUAUUCUAGAAAAAAUUCAGGAACUUUGAUUUGAUGCAAAUGUUAUUUUGUAUUGUUGAUAAUUAUCGUACCAUUGUAUAAAAUUGCAGUUAUUUUGUUAACAUGACAGUUGGAUUUAUGCAAAUUAUGUCUGUAACAUAUGGAUGAGGUGCAGAUGAUGUCCGCGGCGGGGGGCGAGCCGAUGCUGCGCCGCGUCAAGCAGGAGGCCGAGCCGCCGCCCCAGUACUCGCCCGACCCACACACCGAUCACCCGCUGCACCGCAGCGCGCAUAUGGUCCACGCGCCACAGUUUUCCACCAUCCAACAGCUGGAACCAAAGGAGGAAGCGAAGUUCUGCGUGUCCCCGGAGAGCGGUGCGGGCGGCAACGCCAGCCCUGAACAGCAGCACUGCUCAUCGACGACAGCCGCUGCGGCUGCGCGCGACGAGGACGCACCACGACGCUUCUGUCUCGUGUGCGGGGACGUCGCGUCAGGCUUCCACUACGGUGUUGCCAGCUGUGAAGCGUGCAAGGCUUUCUUUAAGCGAACCAUACAGAUGUUAAAUUACCAGGGGAACAUAGACUACACGUGCCCGGCGUCCAACGAGUGCGAGAUCAACAAGCGGCGGCGCAAGGCGUGCCAGGCGUGCCGCUUCCGCAAGUGUCUCAGCACCGGCAUGCUGCGCGAGGGCGUGCGCCUCGACCGCGUGCGCGGCGGCCGGCAGAAGUACCGCCGCGCGCCCGACAUGCCGCCGCAAACCAACAAGCCGCAUAUCGACGACAUCAAGAUCCUGGAGGCGCUGUCCUCGUACGAGCCGGAGCUGCUGAGCUGCGGCGCCGCGCCUGCGGGUGUAACGGACCCCGCGGCGCGCACAUUGGCCCUGCUGGCGGAUCUAUACGACCGCGAGCUCGUCGGCGUCAUCGGCUGGGCCAAACAGAUACCCGGCUUCACUGAACUCCAGCUCAAUGACCAGAUGCGGCUGCUGCAGAGCACGUGGGCGGAGAUGCUGAGCCUGAUGGUGGCGUACCGCUCCCUGCCCGCAGCCGCCGCGCCCGCGCCCCCCUCGCCCGGCCCCCUGCGUCUGCGCUUCGCACACGACCUCACGCUCGACGAGCACACAGCGCGCGACAUCGGCGCCAUUGACCUCUACCUACAGAUCAGCGGCGUGGCGCGGCGGCUGGAGCGGCUGGGUGCGCAGCGCGAGGAGUGCUACCUGCUGAAGGCGCUGGUGCUCGCCAACUCGGAGGCGCGGCUGGACGAGCACGCCGCACAGCGACGCUUCCGUGACGCCAUACUCGCCGCACUCAAUGACGCUGUCAACGCGCUCAGGCCGUACAACGCGAACACAGCACUGCAGCAGCUGUUGCUGGCGCUGCCCGCACUGCGGCACGCUGAUGUAGCCGUGCGUCGCUUCUGGGCGUGCGUACAUCGUGAUCGACGCACUCACAUGAACAAACUCUUUGUCGAAAUGCUGGAGGCCUGUCUGCGGUAGGUCGCCGCCGAGACAUCACGGCUCUACUUAUAUUGGUCCUCACCAAGUAGGUCUCGCGGUUGGAACCUGAACAAACAGUGAUAUGGGAAUUAAGAAUUCUUGUAAUUACUAGAUGUGACUUUGCAGCGAGAGAUAGUGUACGGACAAGUUUGAAUAAGGUUGUGUUAUCGAUUUGUUCAUCAAAUGCUUGCUCGAAACUUCAUUUUUAGUCUGUAUAGCAGUUAGUCGAUUUGACGUUUAUUUUUUUUUUAACUUACCCGUAGCUUUUUAAUGUAAAUACGUUUCGCUUUGGGUUUAAGCACCGUUGUGGUGUAUGGUGGCAGGCGGGGCCGCGACAUUUUUCAUCACAGUAACAUAUAAUUUUAGUAAUUCUUUCGUAGUUUUUUUUGCAUUUAACGUUUCCCGAAGUAUAAAGUUUCGAGUUGUGUGUGUUUGUUGUGUAUUAUAUAUUUAUAUGUAUAUUUAGUCUGUGGUUAUUGUGGCUGUGAAGUGGCGGGAAGCGUGAAGUUUGAUAUUUGAGUUGACGUUUCUUAUUUUAGGUUAUGUUUUGGUAUGAUCGAUAAAUAUCGUUUAGUUGGAUGUUUUAGUUUUAUGAAUUUCUUUAACACAAUAUUUUAAUUUUUUACUCAAUAAUUUUUCAUUUGAAUGCAUUAUUAA